UUUGCAUCACCCUUGUGUUUGUGCAGUGGCUGUACACAGCCAUGUGCGGCCAAAUGAAAGCAUGUUUCCAAGUCAUCAUUGUUUAGUUGGUCGUGUACCUCUUUGAUAACUUUAAAGACAAUAUGGAUUUAGCAGCCGAAGAAGUACGAAAGCAGCGAAUUGACAGAAUUCAGCCAUUCUUACGAGACUUAUGUGCCCAAAAAGAACCAAAAACAAACAAGGCUGUGCUUCUGGUUUUAGUUCAAGAUCUCAAGGAUGAAGGCAAUAGCUUGUUCAAAGAUGGAAAGUUUGCUCAGGCUAGCGACCACUAUAGAAAUGCACUCUUUGUUGCUGACAUUUUGGAAGAACGAUAUUAUCAUGAAAUUGCUAAUGAUUUUCUGACAACUCUUUAUGCUAAUGGAGCCCUAUGUUAUCUGAAGUUGAACAAAUUCGAAGAAGCUCUUCAUAAUUCUGAAGAAGCAUUAAAGCUGCAGCCUGAAAAUCUAAAAGCAAAGUACCGUAAAGUGCAAUCAUUAAUGGGACUAAAGCAGUAUGAAAAAGCACUGAAGGAAGCAGAGGAUGGUUUAAGAAAGCAACCGAUGGUAUUUCAGGAUUGUGUGGCUUUUCUUGAGCAAACUCUUUCAAGUGAAAACAGUAAGAAAUCUGCCUAUGCUUCAGUAACUCUUGGAUCUGCAACAGAUGAAGGGAAUGAGUGGUUAGCAGAUACUAAUGCUUUAAAAACUGAGAAGCAAAGAAAAGAAGUCUUAAAGAAGAUGCCUAAAAAGAAGAAAACCAAGAAUAACCAGCCUUUAGUAGGUCAGCAGCGUAAAGAUUCAGCUGACAGCGACGUGGACUCAGAUUCUAGCGACCUAAGUGAUGAACAGUUUGUUUCUAGCUACACGGCGAUUACUAGAGGAAGCACUGUUGGUGCUGGUGCUUCUAAAAGUGCGUCUAAUUCAUUACAGACCAAGAAGGGGUCAAAUGUUCCUCAUAUGAAUUCAGUGCAGGUGGAUAAUAGCUCAGAUGCACUGUAUCAGUCCAUGGGAUUCAAGAAAGUUGGUGCUAAGAAAGAAUCAAAUGGAAUGGGCCUAGAUGACUUUUCAGUGGUUCAAGGUUCAGCACAGCGGGGUCAUACCACAGGUGUUGCUGCAGGUGGUAUACCUCGUAAAUCGAAAAGUCAGGUGCAAGCAUCAGCCACCUCUAAACUACCACUUGUUAAUAUCAGAUGGCCUCUUGCAGAUGAAUUUCAGUUUCGGUUAGCUUGCAAGAUCUGUUUUAUGAAAACUGGUGAAGGAUACAAGGGCUAUAAUUAUGUUCCAAAUCAGGCACACAGUUGUAGUAGAGAGUACUUAAUUAUUCGACGUCUGAAACAGAAUGAAAAUUUAAACUGGAUUAAAAUACGUCCUUUUCCUCAGCUCUUUAACAAUCGAUUUGCUGAAUUUAAGAUGUGCCAGCAAUUUGCUAAUGCAUUGCCUUGCAAAAUUGGGGAGAUGCGGUGUACCUUUCCACACAACAAUAUUGAGAUGAAAGUGUGGUACAUGGAACGUGAUGGAGAAUUUUCUGUUACAAAAUUUAUAGAAGAUCUUUGUAAUAACGAAAUUGAUACGUCGGAGCAGCUAGCUGCACGUCAGCCACAAUCCUUAUCUAAAUGUGAACCAAGUAUGAUCCCAGGUCUUAAUUUCACUGAAAGUCAACGCCUUUCUUCUCCUGCACCAGUAAAUGAGCCACUGCCUAUGCGACCUCAGGUCCCAGUGUAUAAUCCUUCCCAAUUUGUUCCUCCUCCGUCCCCUUUACGCACUAGUGCCAUUCCACAAGUCAGACCUCAAGAAACUGCUGGUCCUGCCAUUGAAUUACUGAAGCCUCCUGCUUCAGCGACAGCUCCCAGGUUUUUCAAUGAGUUUCAGUCAACACCUCCAUUAGUGCAAAAACCUGCUCCAUCUGCAAGUGCACCUUUAUCAUCUCCACUCAAAUCACAACCAGGCCUAAAUGUCAUUGACAAUCCACUCAAAGACUAUGACUUCAAGGUUGUCUGUCCACAGUGUUUCAAGUUUGACAACUUUCCUGGUAGAUACAAGUAUAUACCUUUCACCCAUGAAUGUGAAGAAAAUGUUUUGGCCUUUAAGCGGAGAGGAGCAAAUGUCCCUUGGGUGAGGGUUCGUGAACGCACAAACCAUCGUGAGUUUUCUGGAAAAUAUAUAAUAUGCAACAGCGUUAUGCACAACAGGAAAGAACUUUGUCGCUUUGGUGAAGGUACCUGCAGCUUUGCACACAAUGAGGCAGAACAGGCACUGUGGGGACUUGAAAAAGAUGGCAGGUUUUCCAUUGCAGAAUUCAUCCUGCAACAUCGAGCUGCCACUACACACCGUGGCUUUUCUCUUAAUGAGCUUUUGAAGAAAUAUGGAGGCUACUUUACAUUCAUUUGUCGAGAUUGCUAUUACGGGCGCCCACCUCGUAUUAGCGAAGGGCAUCCCAAUAAUACUUGCACAGGAGAGGCAAGGCAUCAGUGGGAUAGAUCGAAGGUAUUGGCUCACAUUGACAAUACAACAGACCAAGUGACACUUAUUGAUAAGAGGAAAUUCACUAGCAAGAGUGCUUUCUUCAGAAUCUGCAAGUUUCUUCAUUUUUGCUUUGAUCAAGUACAGGGCACAUGCCUUUCAGCCCACAGCCUGUUGGAGCGUGAUGUGUGGAUGCUAGAGCGAGACACAGAUAUCACAAGAGAGCAAUUAGUUGAACAGAGUCAACGCUUUGCUGCUGCUGGGAGUUUUCAACAGCAGUAUUUUCAGAAGCAACAGCAGACAUGGGGUGACAGUUUCAAAUCUUCAAAACCUACAGGACCUGCACCGCAGGCACAGUUUGCUGGUCCAACACCAGGUUCAACAGACAGCAGCAGGUCAGGCAGAGAGAAGCUCCCCCAUGCUGUGCAGGAAUACUGUGGAGUUUGCUGGCGCUCUGGUAUCAAAAGCAUGCAGGAUGGCGAGGCUAAUCGCUGCUCAAAAGGCCAUACCAACUUUUUGGCUUUAAAAGUUGUCAUGAUCUUACCUGUAUUACGUGAGUUGCGAAAUUUACCUCGCGUCAUUCCACGCAACCUGAACUUCACAGUGUGCCGCCAGAUACUUGAAAAAAGGAAAUGUCAGUUCAUGGGGUCAGGACCAUGUCAGUUUGCACACUCAGAGGAAGAGCGGGUUCUGUGGAUUUGGAUGGCCCGCAACAAAAUGACAACAGCUGAGGAGGUGGCCAGAGCUUGGAAAGAAGAGCAACAGCAACAAAAAGUCAAGAUAAGUCAUGGUGACUCUGUGGUUGCUGUGACACCAGCCCGACCCUUCAGCCAGAUACGUACACCUGUAGGUCUUCAUAACACCACGCACUACUGUCGCUAUUGCUCACACCAGUGCAACAGUGAUCGGCAAUGGGAAGAUCACUGUUCCACAGAGAAGCACAUCUUCAAUGUCAACUCAGACAAAGAUCACCAGUGGAACUUUCGCCAACCUCCAUGGGGACAGGGCAGCAACUUAAAUCUGUGCUCUAAGCAUAUGGGUGGUGGCCGCUGUCAGUACUCCAACGUACCAGACAUGUUCAACCUCUGUAAAUACGCCCACAGUGUAGAAGAACUAGAUGAGUGGAAAGAGCGUUUUGAAUGGCGGCAGAUGAAACGCAGUAUUGCCAAAGAGCAAAAUAUGUUUUCAUACAUGGACACACUUCUUGAGGAAUACGAGAAGGCUGACUAUCGUGUUGCAGUUGACAACAAAAAGGUUGGCUCUCGUGUUGCUAUUAUGUCUGAAACUCUUGAGGGUGUUGAUGUAAAGUGCUCAGAGCCGCUAGAGGUCUACCGGCAGGAGAAGAAUGCAGUUUUUAAAUGGUCUUUUAUGUUGAAAACCACGCUGACCCUAACACGUGUGGCACUCCUGCAUAACCAUGCACGCCUUCACUUUGUGCUGCAAUGCACAGAUGGGAGCAAGCAACAACUGGCAGCUGGUGAGCUUUUUGAGGAUGUGGACAGCAAAGGUAACCCAUGUUACCGGGUUACUGUCCAUUUCUCUGGAGGCAUGUUUGGAUCAUUCAGUCAGUGGGUUGUAUUUGACUUUGGCAGCAGACCUGUCCUCUUGCGCAAGCUUAACGUGGAGCUUGGCCUUGAGGAGAUUCAUGACAAGGUUAGAGAUCUGCGCAAGCAGCUUGCAUUUGACAGAUGGACCACUGAAAACCGUGAAGUGAUUCCUUACCAGUUCACAUAUGAUGAGGUAAUAUUGGACAUGAUGCGGAAAUACAGAGAACCUAAGAACAUUGUGACACAGGACAGCAUGCGUGAGCUGAACAGCCACAACUAUGUGCAUAAAAUGCACCGUUUGCUUGAUCUGGAGGAAGUCACAAGACAUAGAAUCAUUGCCAGCUUUAACCUGGUGGCUGAAGCAACUUUCCUGGAUACCAUUAGUGAAGAAAAGGGUUCGUUCUUUGCUCCAAAGGGUGAAUUGUUCAUGAAGCUGCCACUAAGUGAAAAUUUGACAGAGGACACCCCAGCAGGCAAACUUAUCCUGACAAGUGUGCGGUCUGUUUUGCUGGCACUCAACAACAGUAGUAAGCAACGAGUGUUUGAGGCAAUCAUAGUGAGGGAAGAAAAUUUCAAUUAUGAUGGCCGUGGGAAAGAUUUCAUCUACCUCUCUCUUGCACCUUCCUGUGUCAGGGAGCUGAAACUGAAGCAUAACAUGACCGCUGAAGUAGAAGUGCAAUUUCAGAUGGAUCGAUUGCACUUUGUUCGUAUGCACUAUGCCCUUGACAGCCUCAAAUCUACAGAAAUUGCCUUUCCAGAUGUCACCAGGAUCAGCUCACUGAAUGAACAGCACACUCUAAGAGUACAAUCCCGUGCAUUGAAUCAAGACCAGAUGGCAGCAGUGCGGCACAUUGUAACUAAUCGUGUUGGCUACACCCCACCAUUUGUCAUGUAUGGUCCUUUUGGCACUGGCAAGACAGAGACUUUGGCACAGGCUACCAUGGUGCUGCUUCGUGAAAGACCUGAGUCUCGUAUCUUAAUUUGUGCUCAGUCAAACAGUGCUGCAGAUCUGUAUAUCCAGAAAUACCUAGAUCCAUACCUGCAAAAGAGUCGCAGCAGCCAGGCAUCUGUUCUGCGUAUUGUUGCAAAAGAGCGACGCAUAGCAAGUGUGAGUGCUGAAGUUCAAAAAUACUGUUGCAUGGCUUCAGAUGGUCAGUCUUUUGAGAUCCCAACAGAAGCUAUCAUACGCCAGCAUCAUGUUGUUGUGACAACUGUUGAGAUGUCCCUGCAUCUUACGCUGAUGAAUCUGUAUGGUUAUUUCACUCAUAUUUUUGUGGAUGAAGCUGGACAAGUACUAGAGUGUGAAACCCUAAUGCCACUGACCCUGGCCACAGACAAGACAUGUGUUGUACUGACAGGAGACCACAUGCAGAUAAGUCCCAAGGUGUACUCAGCAGAAGCUAGGCGACAAGGGCUCAGUAUGUCAAUGCUUGAACGACUGUACCUUCACUAUCAGCAUUAUCAUCAGGGUCCUGCAAGCCUUCAGUGCCCACUUAAUAUUUUCCUCAGCAUCAACUACCGUACCAAGAUGGAGAUCUUGCGGUUCAUUUCGGCUGUAUUCUAUGGAGGACCAGACAUUCUUAAAGCUCAGGGGAAUAUUCCUUCUGUGGUAGAGUUGACUCCUAUGAUAUUUUAUGCUGUGACAGGCCGUGAGAUUCAGGAUGCAGACAGCACUUCUUUUUAUAACACAGCAGAAGUGAUGGAGGUGGUUGAAAGAGUUGUAGAGCUGGUGACCCAUUGGCCUCAAGAAUGGGGCCCUGUGGCACCUGAAGAGAUUGGCAUAGUCACACCAUACCAUGAUCAGGUGCGCCACAUCCGCGGAAUCUUGCGCAAGCGUCGCCUUAAUGGUGUGAGAGUGGAAACUGUUCAGAACAUGCAAGGAAAAGAGUUUCGUGCACUGUUCAUCUCUAUAGUUCGUACACGCCACUUGCUGGAGAGUGACCACAUGAAAAGACUUCUGCAGGAUGCAGAAGCUAUAGGAGGCAUUGCAGAUUUUGCUUUCUUGUCGGACCCCAAGCUGUUGAACACUGCUCUCACUCGCACACAGUCUGUGGUGGCUGUAGUGGGAGACCCUGUGGCCCUUUGUGCCAUUGGAGAGUGCAUCCAGAUCUGGCGUACCUACCUCAAACAUUGUACCAACAUGCGCAGCGUUCAUCCCAUUAGCAUGAACUAUGAAGCCAUCAAAAACCAGGUGGUACACCUACAAAUGUCUGCAGCUGGAAGGAGCUUGACAUACAUCACAGAUAUGUGUAGAAAUACAGAUGUUUUACCCAGACUUGCAGUAAAACCACCACCUUUGCAAAAUGAUGGGUUCACUGAGAACUAUAUCGAUAAGGGGCCACUUCACAGUGCAGAACCUUUGGAAGGGAGAGGAUUGAGCGUGGAUCACCAUGAGUUAUUAUCAAACCCAACAACUGUUUCUGGCAAGCUAAGAACAAAGAAACUGGAGGGCACUGAAGUGGAUGAAGAAUUUACUAUUCAUCCAGAUGAGAUCCUCCUACAGCUGGCUCAAGAAUCAGCAGCUUCAGACCUCCCAACACAACCCCAUUUUGUGGAAUGUGUGGACGUGCAGGAAGAGGGUGGCAUUGCUCUUGUCACCUACAACAUGAAAAAGUGUGAUGAGAGUCUAAGGACAAAGAUGCAGUCUGCGGCUGCGGCUAGUAAAGAACUUUAUGAGGAUACAGAGAUCUUUUCAGAGAUUGACAAAGACACAGGAAAGAAAGCAGUUUAUUUCAGCUACACAGAAGCCAAACUUGUUGAGUUGCUUAAAGAGAACCCCAUUCGUUUCAAGCUGUGUACCAUCAGCACUAAAGGAGACACUUGCCUGGCUAAGGCUGUGGAUCCAUCAGACUCUGUGCAGGAAGUUGAGAUAAGAGGACCUCUUCGUCGAGGACAUGCUUUUGAUGGGGAUGAAGUAGUGGUGGAGAUUCUUAAUGCUGAAGAUAUAAGUGAAGAGGAUGAGCAGGAGAGCAUGGAGGUGCAGGGUCAAGUAAUUGGUAUCAUGCAACGUGCAGUGAACCCACGAUGCCGAUCCUUUGUUUGUUUUACAGAUGUCAGCAACACCAGCCUCUUGACCCCUAUCAACCCUAGCAUUCCUCGCAUAUACAAUGUGGCAGCGCGGAAGCACUUGCAGCGCAUCAAGAGAGGUUAUGUUGUAGUGUACAAACUUACCACUGAGAAACAGGUGCAGGUCAGUCAUUAUGCAAAAGUAGACCCGAAAGAGCCUGAGGCAAAGCUAUUUGUGGUGCGUUACUUGAAGUGGGUGCCUGGAUUUUUCAAUCCUCUGGGCAUUGUUGUUGAUGUUCUGCCUGCAGGGUCUGACCUUGCCUCAGCACUCACAAUACUAGACAUCGAGUACCAGCUCCCCAGGCAGCUAUCUUCAAAGGCUGCACAAGAGGUGGAAGAGCUGUAUGGGGCAAGCUACCAGCUGCCAGCAGACAUUUUUUCAACUUACAAGGAUAUGAGGGAUCGAUGGUGUUUCACAAUCAAUUCAGCGGAUGCCUUUGGCCUUCAACAGGCAUAUAGCAUUGAUCAGUUGUCAGAUGCAACUUAUGAGCUAGCUGUCCAUCUUACAGAUGUUCACUAUUUUGUGGAGAAAGGCUCUGCUUUGGACAGGGAAGCACUUAGACGAGGAGUGUCUGUUGCGCCUGUCGACCAGAAGCCUCUGCACUUACUCCCAGAGCGCCUUUCCACUGACCUGUGCAGUUUCCGGCCGGGAGAAGGCCGCUUGGCUCUUUCAGUCUUUAUGGUUGUCAAAGGAAGUGGAGAUGAGUGGCAUGUCACUCAGACUUCUCUUCGCCACACAGUGAUCAGUUCCAAACGAAAAUUCUCUCUUCAGGAAGUUGAACACAUCCUAGAUGAUGUGGAAGGAGCUCAGAAUGACUACCUGUUGAGCUGUGUAUUGGUGCUGUAUCAGAUUGCUCUUAUGCAGCGGAAAAGUCGCCUGGGUAAUGCACAUCUGGACCCUCAGCUCACUCCUCAGCAGAUGACAACACCACGUGCUCACUGCAUGCUGCAGGAGGUCAUGAUCAUGACCAACCACCAUGUGGCCCGCAUGCUUCUAGAGUCAUUUCCUGAGUGUACUCCUCUGGUAAGACAGGCAGCACCCAAUUGCCAGAAACUGGAAGAAUGGAAAUCUAAACAUGCAGCUGAUGCUGUGAACUCUGUAGCCCUCACAAGACCUUUCCUGAAUGGAGCUAAGACAUGCACCUGCCGAAUGGUAUGCAUGUGUGUGUCUUCAUACAUGCGAGACCAGAAGGUAAAACCUUUGGAUCACUUUGAUGUCAUCACACAACUUUGGAAUCACCUGCGUGAAGCAGCAUCUUUAGGCAACCAUGAAAUUGUGCAAAAAACAGUUGCAACAGCAGACAACCACCCGCAGUCUAGCGUAGCAUUGGGCCACCUCCAUUCCAUCUUUGAACCUGUGCAGCUCGUGUGCUCAGGCAAUGUUGCUGAUGACCAGCGAGGUCAUUACAGCCUGAAUCUACCCUGUUUUACAAGCAUCACCAACCCUUUGCACAGCUACAUUGAUAUCGUAGUACAGCACCUGGCCUCAGCACUAGUCCAAGGACUAUCCUCACCUUACAGUCAGCUGGAAAUAGCACAAAUAGUGACUGCCUGCAACUAUAAGCAGAACUUUGCCCAGAGCUUUGCCAAAGCCAACAUGACCACCCAUCUUGCUGCUGCUCUGCAGGAUCGCCCAUUGGUCCUCUUUCCAGUGAUAGAGUCUCUGGAUGAGCAAAUGCUGACUUUGCGUUUCCCCACUGUUGGCUGCAUUCAGGACAGAGAAAAGAUUGUGGCUUUAACAUCUUUAGGACCAGCUACGGAGCCCCUGAUAAAUCCUGACACUGACCAGGUCAAAUUGAAAUGGCAGAUGCGGAUAUAUGAUGCAGCUUAUGCCUUGCAGCAAUCUCCGUCUGUUGCAAAAACAAAUGAUGUUGUUGAACUUUGUGCAGACCGCUUUGUUAGUUACAUUCCACCCUUUCAGUGGCAGAGGCUGCUCAAAGCUAUUCGUGAAGAGAACGGUGAGAACAUCUUGUCUAUGGUGCCUACUAUUCAGGAACAUGUUCAUGAAGCCCUGGCAGAUGGCCGUUUUGCUUUGGAUAUAAGUUCAGAAAUUCGUCGUGCUGGUCAGAUUCAGCACUUUGCAGAGUUUGGUCUCUCUUUUCAUUCUUCUAUGGUGGUGCAAGUUCAGGUUGUAGCUCAAAUGUUCAGGGGGCUGCUUGUUCCAAAAAUCCAACUCUUCAGCUUAACUCCAAGUUUGGAUAUCUGUCUGGAGCACAGAAACAAUCCUACUGGCUGCUUUGCUAAAAUGAUUAAAGUACCAGCCACCUUGGCCACCUACUCUGAUGAGGCUGCAUACCAACAGUCGUGGCUGCCAGUGCUGGCCCUUGAAGCAGCCGAGUGUGCUGUGCAUAGCCAUGGGUCAGCAAUGAUUCACAACGUCUACAUUGCUUGGAGUCAGGACUUGGAUCCCUCAGGUAAUGGACCACCUGCUGUUUAUGGUGAGUUCUCAUUGACUCAGGCCUUCUGCAAAGACCGAAAGAUCCGCCUUUCAGGAGACAGUGAUUCGCCAGAUGGUCUGAAUAUGUUUGACCUUGAGAGAUCUGUACCAGCUCCUCUUGAUCUUGUUUGUGUAAGAUAUGCUGGGCUACAGCUUCCAGAGAAGCUUGGACUGGAUGAGGCAGUUGCAGCCAUAGUCAAUACAGGGUGCCCUGUCACCUGGGUGGGCCAUUGUGUGGUGGUAGGCGUAGGCCGAGACAACGUGGGGCUCAUUCACGUGCGAGUGCGGUUGCAUGCCUAUGCCAUGAACAUGCCAGAGGUGCUUCUUGACCCACAGGUAGCUGCAAUGCAACCUUGUUCUAUGGAAUGGAUCCCCAGGACACUUCUUUACAGGCAAAUGGAGCAUGCUGUAGCUUGUCUAAAAGAUGCAUCUGACUUAGCAAAGGAUAUUGCUGUUGGCAGAAAACCUGUGGAAAAUAUUGAUCUAUCUGAUGUUGACUUCCUGGUGGAGAAACUCAGCUCAAACCACAUUCUAAACCCUGAGCAGAAGACAGCAGUGGAAAUGGCCCUCAAGCAAACCUUCACAGUCCUACAGGGAUCGCCAGGCACGGGCAAGUCCUUCACUGUUGCUCAUCUUUGUCGCCUGUUUGUGGAGCGCAACCGCAUGACACCUCGGUCCACGAAUGAGAACGCAGCACGAGUUCAGGUGCUUAUUUGUGGACCUUCUGAUGCAGCUGUGGAUGUGGCAGCUGUGCACCUGAUGAACUUGGAUGAAGGUGGGCUUCGGAUGGUGAGAGUCUACAGUGAGCAGGUAGAACAUAUGGCCUUCCCGCUGCCACGAGACACUGUACCACCAUGGAAGUUAGAGGUGUGUCAUGUGCAAGAAGAUCCCACCUUGACCAGCAUCACACUGCAUCACAUGAUUCGUCAGAAUAACCGUUUCAGUGAACGGAUAAAAGAGUUUGAUACACUCUUUCAGCUCUACCCCCAAGACAUCAGCGAUGAUCAGGUGCAAGAGUACUUACAGCUGGUGCAGCAGGCCCAGCAGAUAGAGUUGAGACAGGCAGAGGUUAUCCUUGCUACAUGUUCUGCAGCUGCCAGUCCAAAGAUGGCACGCACCACUAACAUCAGACAGAUAAUCAUUGAUGACUGCGGAGCCUGUAAGGAGCCAGAGAGCCUGGUUCCCAUUAUUCUGUUUAAGAGAGUGAAGCAGGUGGUGCUGGUUGGAGACCACAAGCAGCUUUGCCCCAUUGUCCAUAAUGCCACAGCACGGUCUUUGGGGCUGGAGAGGUCACUUUUGGAACGAUAUUCUGAAAGUGCCAUCAUGCUUACUGGCCAGUACCGCAUGCAUCAAGGCAUCAGUGAAAUCUCCUCAUCAUGCUUUUAUGAUGGAAGGAUAAGCAGCGUAUUAAAAACCCAAAAUGGACCACCAGCUCUUGAUAUCUGGCCAGGUUCACGAGCACAUCCUGUUGUGUUUUGCCACCUGGUGGGACUUGAAGAAACUGUCACUGUGGCUUCAGAAGAAGGUGUGAUACUGUCAAAGUGUAACCCCAAAGAAGCAGAUGUGGUGGCGGAUAUUGUAGGAGAGCUGGUAUUUCACAAGAAAUUGGAUGUGGAGAGCGUGAUUGUGGUCACGCAGUAUCAUGCCCAGUGCGGACAUGUCAAGCAGCGUUUGGAGCAGCGUGGCUUGGAUGUGGCAGUCACAUCCAUCCUUGACUGUCAGGGUAGUGAGUAUGACUAUGUCGUACUUUCCACCGUACGCUCAGUACCAAGAAGUCAAGUGGAGAGACAACCAACAAAUGAUUGGCUAGAGCGCCACCUUGGGGUCACUGCUGAUGGACAUCAAAUAAAUGUUGCCUUUACAAGAGCAAGAAAAGGCCUCAUCCUUACAGGGAACAAGUACCUGCUGCAGUGCCAUCCUACAUGGCUCAAACUGCUGACACAUUUUCGCCAGCUGAACAAACUGGUGGAUGCAGCACAGUUCCUGCAGAGUAUGGCAGCUUAAGUGUUGACUUUUGAUGGGUGAAGUGAUUGAGGACAUGACAGUCAUCUUCAAUUUGUGAUCACCUGAUAUUUUUCAACUGUCUAGAACUAUAAAUAAAAAAGAAGAUACAGAGAAAGGAUGCUGUUAUAAGACUCAAAUAUUUGAUAAGCUUUUUUUCUGUAAUCUGCAUGAAGGUAGCUUUAUUCAACAGGGGAAAGUAACACACUCAUUUCUUUUUGCCAUUUUCUCACAAGCAGCUGUGGUGAUACCGUCAGUGACUCAGUAAGACAUUCACUUCACACUUAAUCUCAUAUACACUGGUAAGGUAAGUUUCUGAGUCCAUAUCUUGCCAUCAUCUUCAAUUGCUGUUAAUUAUAUCAUUUUCAUGGUUUGCUUGUGUUUCUAAGCGACUUAUAGUCAUAUAGUGAGUGAACUUUAUUUCAUCAGUCUUUGAAGUAUCUUUGAUCAAUAUUUGUUUAUGCCUCUAGACAGCUGUGUGGCACAACUUGUGUCCACCAUUUUGCGAUGCUAUAUUGUGCUUUAAGUCCAUGCUGUGCACUUCCUGAAAUUCCUUGUGAAAUUACUCUUCUUAUCUAAAACACUGUUGUGUUCUGAAAUUCUUAGGUAAAAACAGUAUAAAUAUAUUCUAUAACAUGGUGUGUAUCAGGACUGCCAUUUUCGUGUUUAGCCAAAAAGAUGGGAUGGUUGGAUAGAAAAUGCAGAUAUGGCUCUCGAGAUUGACAUUUCUCUCUCUCUGGCCGUGUCAUGGCCCUUUAUAGUGUGAGUGAGCGGAUAGAGAGCAGCUGUCUGUGAAAAUUAUUUUGUGUUGCUUGUAUGAGAAUUGCAGCAAUACUUUGUACAAAAAAAUCCCAAGUAAGCAUUUUGCCCUUUUUUUCAGGGGGAGGGGGGUGCUGCUCAGCUGCUAUAUUUUGAAAGGGCUUGUGCAGGCCAGGGGAAAUCUUUUUUGUUUCCCUAUUCAGAUUCUUAAAGUUAUUACCAUUUAACUGUUAGACAUUUUUUGUAAAACCAGUGGUUGAUUCAGAAAGCUAAGUUGUAUGAUGUUUUGUUAUAUUUCAGUACUGUUCACUUUAAAAUGUAUUUGUGUAAACCUGAUGGGGAAGUUCCUUGUACAACAGUAUUGUUCUGUUGGUUUAGUUCUUCACUUUGAUAUAUAUAUAUUUUUUUUUAUUUAAUGAUGAUUGUUUUUGCUAUGAACUGUUUUUGAUAUAAAUGAACUUUAUAUAAAAAGGCUAAUUAAUUUCAUGACUGAAACAUAAUCUGUCAUUGAAAUGACAAAGACAGCUAUGCACAUUUCCUGUGGUUUUGUGUGAUACAGGUGAAAUGAGCUGCCAUUGGAACCUGCCAAGUUUAUCAUGUAAACAAAAAUUAUGAUGACUACAUCUGUUAGUAAUUUUAAAAAAAUAAGAUUUCUUUUUUAAAUGCAGAAUGUUACUGACAACUGAUCAGUAGAACUUUUAUAUGAAAUCAUGUGUUACUCUGUGAAUGCGUUUUAGAUGUUUAAAUCAUGUUGACUAUGCAUUUUCUUGCAAGGUUUGUGCUGGAAAUGAUCGUUGUGCUAACUGGUUUUAUAUCUGCAAUGGGUUUAUCAUAUAAUAUUUGCAUUGCUCUGUAGAAAUGAAAGACAUUUAUUUGCGAUUUAAAUGAAGUUGAUUGAUUUUUCGACCAUGGCAUGUUAUUGACCACAAAAAAGUGUUGGGUUUUUUUUUUUGGGGGGGGGGGGGGGGAGGUGGUUCUGCAGCAGCUGUACAUGAGUCUCACGACGUAUUGGGGGAUUAAGUAUAGUGCGCAUGCUAGUAAGUAGAGUGUGUAUGUUGGUAACAAAGAGUGUGUGCUUCAUAGAAAUGCUUACAUUUCAGUUUGUCUACAGCUGUGAAGAGAAAACAAAACGGAAGUGAUCUUGAUAGUCAUUGGUUUGUCUUGGUUAAUACAUUUUCAUUUGCCCACUAUUCCUCUCUCCUUUUUCCCCAUUUCCAAACUUUUUUGGGAGAAUGGGGGUGGCGGAAUCAAGGAGGCAGUCUGACUAAAAAAGAAAAAAAAAAACUGACAAAAAAAAAAUCCUGUUCCAUGCCAGCCAUGGGAAUCCUCAGAUGCUUGUGAGUUCUUCCCCUUAACAUGGACGCCAAGUGAAUGGCAUCUGCCACUGCAUCGUCAGCAAGUCAGAUCUGCCUGCUCGUUCCUGCUUGUCAAAUGUGUCUAUGCGCCUGGUGGUGACCAUGUAUAGACGUUUAGUACUUGUUUUCCUACAACACCAUGGUGUUGAUGUUGCAUAAUUGAGUUUUUUGUGAUUAUGGAAUCGAUGAGAAACUUCCUGGUAUGCAGGGAGUGUCAGCAUUGUUUGUUUGGCUAAUUAUUAUUUGUGCCUUGUAUAUCAGUUUGGUAUGUUCAAGAAUUGCCAGCUCUGGCUUUAGAAUGAAUGUAUUGUUCUUGUACAGAAGGCUGUGCUGCAGGUUUUUAAAAAUGUUAUGUUUGCCACAUGACCUGCAUUAACCCAACUUGUGCAUUCUUCAGUUCACUGGAUUUUUGACUGUCAUUAUUUAGAAUUAUCCUUGUAGCUGGAGCUAUGAUUUUUUUCCCUUUAUGUUUGACUGUUAUCAUUCUGAAAACGUGGUCGGUUAAGGAAAAGGACUCAUUUUUAAACAUGAAAACUUUAUUCAGGAGUUAAACUCCCUGGUAAAUCUCUAUACACCUUUUUUAUUUGAUUAUUAGUUUAAUGGGAUGUGCUCAGUUUCAGUAUUUUGCUAAAGGCGCUCUUGUGAAUGUUUGGCCACAAAGCUCUUUCCAAGUUCUUUGGUUGUAAAGACUUCUUUUUGUAAAUUUUAGGACUUUCUAUAUUUUAAAAAAAAUUUUAAACCAUAGAUUUACAUUGUAAUCAGUUUCAGUAAUCUUCAUUUAUUUUUCAGAGCACUUAUUAUUGCCAUGACCAUGCAAGUAUUAUUUAAACGUUUUGCCUAUCUUGAAGUAUCUAAAGAAUCAUCACGCUUGUUGCUUUAAUGAUUUGUCCAUGUAUAUGAACAAAUCGAAGCAUAAAUAUAAGCAACACAAGUUUGUUUUUUAAAUGAUUUACUGGUGCAUUAAUUCUAGAAAGAACAUACUUUCUCAAUGUCCAUUCUCAAGAGAGUGGCAGUGAUAACGGAAUAUUUUUUAUGGUUUUGCAGAUGGGACUGUCUUUUUUCACCUGAGAUAUUUGUUCAGAAACAUCAGACAGGUGCUUAUUGUUUGUCAUCUCACCAUCAGUAAAUAAAUACAUCUUCAUUUGGGCA